AUGCAUAUUAACAAUUUAACGCCCCCGAAAGGUUUACGUGAUGGACCAGGAAACACAGUGAAUGAUUAUCAUAAAAAACAUCAUUUGAUGGAUGAUGAUGAUACUUUUAUGCCACCAGCGUUGAGUGCUUAUAGUGUAGCGUUGUUGAGUGAUAAGUCUAGUCCAAAUAGCCAACAUAUAUCGAAGCAACAAAAGCUAUCAAAUGAUCAUAAGUUUAAUAGAACACCAUCACAAAUAACAGGGAUUUAUGAAAUUGAUUUCCCAGAGAAUAAUCAUUCUAAAAAUAAUUUAAAGAAUAAAUUAUCAGUGCAUUUCAAAGAUUCUCAUUCAUCUUCUCCGAUAACGUCAUCUCAUUUUUUGUCAAAUCAUAAUAGUAAUAAUAAUUCAAAUCAUAGUUUACAUCAUCAAUCAGAUAAAUCUCGUCAUUCAAGCAUAGACAAUGUGUCUCAUAAUUCAAUCAAUGAUAUCCAGCUUAACAGCAAUCAUAACAACAAUACAUCUUUGCAUAAUUCAUUUAAUAUGUCUAACAAUAAUUUUACUAAUAACCAUACACAUAAUACAACUACUGAAGAUAAUGAUGAUUUACUAGAUGCUUCUUUGGAAAAUUCAAUUAAAUUCCUGCAACCUAUGACUUCUACAACUACUCCUGCUACUUCAAGAUCUUCAACUGCUCCUAGGCCCACUUCCUCUGGGUCAUCAAGUCAAUAUGGAAGUUUGAAAAGAUCCCGGUUAGCAAGAAGACUUAGAUCUUUGGGACCUCCUAAAAGAGCAUCCCAAAUUUCAGAGACUCCAAAAUCAAACUCAUCUUCAGAUCAACCCCAUAAACCGGUAUUAAACGAAAAUGCUGAAAGCAUUGAAAAUGAUAAAAAGCUUUCAACCCCUCCUUUAGUUUCAUCGAGAUUCUCACCUAAUUUAAAAUCAUCCCUGGUAAGUAAGUCGAAUGGACAUCCAGCUCAAAGCUUUCUAAGAGCUUUAGAAAAACUUCAAUCUGAAUCUCCAAGUCAAGAUUUGUUUUCCGAACAAAAAGAGUUAGAAAUUAGAUCAAGAGUGGAAGAACAGAAAAAACUUAAUGAGUUAGAACAUCAACUAUCUAAAUCUAAAACCAUUCAAAGUAUUGAUCUUGAAUUUGAAAAUUUAAAUAGGAAUGUUCCUGGAAGUCAAGGGAAUGAACUUUUCCAAUCCAAGAAUAGUGAUUUCCCAGUAUACUCGGAUUAUAAAAGAAAUAACAAGUUUGAUAAUAAGGUGUUCGAAAAUAAAGAAAACUUGGUUCAUAAGCUGAAACAUCAAUUUUCUACUGAUUCUCUUAUUUCAAAUCAAAACCAUGUUAGAGUUCCCCUCAAUAAUGUCCCCAUUAAUACGUUCAAUGUCUUCAAUGAAAAUGACACUUUUAGAAAACCUAAAACUCCAAGGCCAUCUAAUGAGCACGUAAAUGAAUUAAAUCCACCGACAUCCCAACAACAUAUUGAAGCCCAACCACCUCGUCAGGAAUCACAACAAUUACCUCUCACUGCAUCAUCACAUUCAACUAAUUUUGGACCCUCUUCUGCUGUUCACAAUCCUCCAGAUGAAAUAAAGAAAAGAAAAUCUAUAAUAAUAAAUGGAAAUCUGUAUGAAAAAUUAGAACUUUUAGGUAGAGGUGGUUCUUCAAAAGUCUAUAAGGUAAAAGCUUUAUUCAAUAAUAAACUCUACGCAAUUAAAAAAGUGACAUUUGAUCAAUUCGAAGAAUCUUGUAUAAAAGGCUUCAAGGGAGAAAUAGAUUUAUUACUUAAGUUAAAAAACGCUGAUCGAGUUGUAAAAUUGGUUGAUCAUGCAAUUGGUGAAUCCUCAGUUUACCUUGUUAUGGAAUGUGGUGAUAUAGAUUUAGCUCAUGUCUUUCAAAAUAAAUUAGGUUCGAAUCAGCUUCUCGAUAUAAAUUUCAUCAGGUUCCAUUCCAUCGAAAUGUUGAAAUGUGUACAGGCAGUUCAUGAAGCUGAAAUUGUUCACAGUGAUUUGAAACCAGCUAAUUUUUUAUUUGUUAAAGGGAUAUUAAAGAUCAUUGAUUUCGGUAUUGCGAAUGCAGUUCCAGAUCAUACUGCAAAUAUUUAUCGUGAAUCACAAAUUGGGACUCCUAAUUACAUGGCACCCGAAGCUUUAACGGAAGUUAACCAAUCUUUAACGAUUCCUGAAGCCAGUGCAAGUGAACAAUUAAGGACCUGGAAAGUUGGUAAGCCAUCGGAUGUUUGGUCUUGUGGCUGUAUAAUUUACCAAAUGAUUUAUGGUAGACCUCCAUACGCUGGGUAUUCGGCUCAACAAAGAAUAACUGCAAUUAUGAACCCUCAAAUCAAAAUCCAAUACCCAAGUAAAGGUUUGGGUGGUAUUAAAGUUCCCGUUAGUGCUAUUGAGCUAAUUCAAAAAUGUUUAGAGAGAAAUCCAAAUGAUAGAUGGACAAUAGAAGAGUGUUUAACGAGUGACUUCCUCAAUCCAAAAGUUGUCAGUGAAACAUUUGUUAGAGAUCUUGUUCAUCUGGCAGUUAAUUUUGGAUAUAAAAACCAUCAAAGUGGCACUAAACAAAUUACUGACGAAGUCUAUGAUAAACUAGUUGAUACUGUUUUAAAGCAGAUUGAAGAUUUGCAUUAUGCUUAA